AUGGGCGAUGACGGCGCGCCGGCAAGCUCCGUUGUCGAGGCCCGCGAGAUCCAGCUCGGAGAAGAUGCUAUACGACGCUGGUAUUACGGCUCAAUCAAGUCAAACUGUUUUCUAUCAUACGCGUGGUCUUAUCAACACGAUAUCCGAGCCCACCCUCGGCUCCAAUUUCAGAUUCGGUCCUACUUGGAAAUAAAGCCCUUUUCCCUCACCAGACCAAAAGAACCUCUGUCCAAGUCACGCCUCGGCCAUGGAACUUUCCGCGUCUUGCGCCCGCAGCCAACAGCCACUAGCCAGCGAUGGUCCGGCGAUCUAAACCAGCUCAACGAUCCAACGACGUGCAAGGACGUGCUCUCCACCAGCAGCAACAACAAUAACCAGAGAAAUAUGGGCUUCAUUUCUUACAGCGACGGCGUACUGGCUGCCGACGUGGAGCAAAAGAACCUACACAGUGCAAUGUGCUGCCGUCCCAACAACCAUACCACCACCGGCGCCGAGUUCACGCCUAAUCAAUACAACACUCCUCCUCCAUCCUACGAGUCCAUCUGCCCUCCGCCUUCAUACGACUCUCUGUCUCCUCCUCCACCCUCAUACGACUCUCUGCCUCCCCCGCCGCCAGCCUACGAGCUUCUGCCCCCGCCUCCUCCCUAUGACUCUCUACCCCCGCCUCCUCCUCCAUACUCUGUCCGUGCCAGCUCCAACAGGACCUGCACGACCUGCUCCUCGUCACGACCUACCCUACCUCCGGUCAGCACGCUCCUAUCCUCCAUCGACGCUGCGCCGUCGUCCUAUUCCACCCCGCCACCCUACACGCCAGUCCCCGUCACGACCACGGCGCCGCGCUUCCCCGUCUUCCACGCGCGCUACCACGGCACGAGCAACUAUGAAAACUCCUGUCGGGACCGCCACAAGCUCUUUAUCCUCACAAACGCCGACGCUGCGAAUCCCCGGGCGCGCGGCAUCUACCUCGCCGUCACAGGCAACCGACGCCGCGGCCUGCGUGUCCGUGAAACGCUCGGAGACGUGCCGGAGAACACGAGAGGGCUGCGCGAGAGCAUCUUGCUGGGCAGUAUAGUAGCUGAAGACAUCGACGCGCUGGGAAACAUAUGCCACCAUGUGCAGUUGGACAGGUUUCCGGUGUUGGCCGGGCGCACGAUGGUCAUGUUGCAGAGCUACUGGCCUCACCCUCACAAGAAUGGGCGGCGGUAG